AGAGACUCAUUUCGCCACCCUUAUAAAACUCUCAUUACUCUUCCCUGUUUUCAUAACUCGCCCUUCAUUUCUUCAACUAGUAAGUAAUCAAUUACAGGAAUCAGGUUUCUUGCACGAUGCCGAGUCGAUCAAUGGGAGUCAUAACCCAAGACUGGGACCCCAUCGUUCUGCACAAGGCCAAGCCCAAGGCGCAGGACCUCCGCAACCCCAAGGCCGUGAACCAGGCGCUCCGAUCCGGCGCGGAGGUGCUUACUGUCAAGAAGUUCGACGCCGGUUCGAACCGGAAGGCCGGCGGUCCGGCUGUGAACCCGAGGAAGCUGGAGGAGGGGACGGAGCCAGCAGCGUUGGAGCGCGUGGCGGGGGAGGUCCGGCACGCGAUCCAGAAGGCGCGUUUGGAGAAGAGGAUGAGCCAGGCGGAGCUGGCGAAGCAGAUCAACGAGCGAACGCAGGUGGUGCAGGAGUACGAAAACGGCAAGGCAGUGCCUAACCAGGCCGUGCUGGCCAAGAUGGAGAGGGUUCUCGGUGUCAAACUCAGGGGAAAAAUCGGAAAGUGAGAUUUUAACUCUCCGUGGUAUCCAUCACCAUCAUCUAUAUUCAGGAUUUGUUUAUGCGUUUCUUUGAACAUAUGCAUGAUUGGAAUUUUGUGAGAGUUCAAAGAUUUUAAGGAGUGAAAGAAUUACUAGAGGAAUAGGAUCACUCUAAAUGAAACAUUUGUGUAAAAAAAUGAAAUGUAUAAUUGUCACGGUUGAA